CGCCGCCCGCGCCCCGCGCCCUGCCCAGCCCGGGUCGCCGGCGCUCGCGCCCGCGGCUUAGCACUCGGUCGCCGCUCGCUUCUCGGGGCAUCGCGGAAAUAUCGCCGCAGACGGACACAAUGGCGGCGGUUGCCGCCACCGCGGCCGCCUGCAGCAGCAGCAGCAACAGCAGCGGCGGCGCCGGCACCGACGCCGCGAGCACCAGCGGAUUGCAGCCGCCGCCGCCCCGGCCCGCGGCCGCCGCGCCGGCCCAGCCGCCGCCCGAGCCCCCCAGGAAGCCGCGCAUGGACCCGCGGCGCCGCCAGGCUGCCCUCUCCUUCCUCACCAACAUCUCGCUGGACGGCCGGCCGCCGCCGCAGGACGCGGAGUGGGGCGGCGGCGGCGAGGAGAGCGGCGCGGCCAAGGCGGGCGCCGGCAGCGCCUGCGGCGCGAGGACUCGGCUCAGCCUGGUGGCCGCCGAGCGUGGCGGCUGCAGCGCGCUCUCUGCGGCCGGCGCGGCGGCGGCAGCGUUAGCAGCUGGGUCGGGCCACUGCCUCCCGCAGCCCUCGUCGCUGCCGCCCCUGGCCCCCGGCGGCUACGCCAUGCUGCCCGGCCCCGCGGCUGCCCGGGGCUUCUCGAGCUCCCUGGGCGCGGGCCGGGCGUCGGGGGAGCAGUGGCCGCUGCCCCGGCCGGCGCCCAUCGCCGCCUGCGCUCAGCCGCAGCAGCCCGACGGGCCCGGGGGCGCCGGGCAGGAGGAGUUAGAGGAGGACGAUGCCUUUUCCAGCGUGCAGGUGCCAGCCGUUGCCUUCUUGGGCUCCGGGACCCCCGGGAGUGGGGGCGGCAGCCGGAGCCGCCUCAACUCGUUCACUCAGGGAAUCCUGCCCAUCGCUUUCUCCAGGCAGACCUCGCAAAACUACUGCUCCUUGGAGCAGCCGGGCCAGGGGGGCAGCACCAGCGCCUUCGAGCAGCUGCAGAGGUCCCGACGUCGCCUCAUCUCCCAGAGAUCGUCCUUGGAGACCCUGGAAGACAUUGAGGAGAACGCCCCUCUACGGAGAUGUCGAACUCUCUCAGGUUCGCCCAGACCAAAGAACUUUAAGAAGAUUCAUUUUAUCAAGAACAUGCGGCAACAUGAUACCAGGAAUGGCAGGGAUUUGAAGUUGGAUGGAGGGAGGCAAUCAGCAGGUGCCGUGAGCUUGAAAGAGAUCAUUGGCCUUGAAGGUGUGGAGCUGGGAGCUGACGGGAAGACUGUUUCUUACACCCAAUUUCUGUUACCCACCAAUGCUUUUGGAGCCCGGAGAAACACCAUAGACUCCACUUCCUCCUUCUCCCAGUUCCGUAACCUGAGCCACCGCAGCCUCUCCAUCGGCCGGGCAAGCAGCACCCAGGGGAGCCUCGACACAGGCAGUGACCUGGGAGACUUCAUGGACUAUGACCCAAAUCUCCUGGAUGACCCGCAGUGGCCUUGUGGCAAGCACAAACGAGUUCUGAUCUUUCCUUCAUACAUGACCACAGUAAUCGACUACGUGAAACCCUCAGAUCUCAAGAAGGACAUGAAUGAGACCUUCAAGGAGAAGUUUCCUCACAUUAAGUUAACACUCAGCAAAAUAAGGAGUCUGAAGCGAGAGAUGAGGAAGCUGGCUCAGGAGGACUGCGGCUUCGAGGAGCCCACGGUGGCCAUGGCCUUUGUCUACUUUGAGAAGCUCGCCCUCAAGGGGAAGCUGAACAAACAGAACCGGAAGCUUUGUGCCGGAGCCUGUGUGCUGUUAGCAGCCAAAAUUGGAAGCGACCUCAAAAAGCACGAAGUCAAGCAUUUGAUUGAUAAACUGGAAGAGAAGUUCCGGCUGAACAGACGAGAACUGAUUGCCUUUGAAUUCCCGGUGUUAGUGGCCUUGGAAUUUGCUCUUCAUCUGCCAGAGCACGAAGUCAUGCCCCAUUACCGCCGCCUGGUCCAGAGCUCCUAGCACCGGCCCGAGGAGGGCCAGGGACCGCUUCCUCUGAGUGCGGCAGCGUUCCACUCACUACUGGGAAUGCAGAGAUAGAGCCCAUCGUAGCCAACUGUCUUCCUGUCGACAUGUUUUUGUGUAGAAGCAGCUCGGGAACCUCUUCAGGGAGUCUUUGGUCUGGCUAGCCGAGCUGAGCCAUGAGCUGCUUCCUGUUCAACAGGGCAGGGGAGACCCAGCAGACGGCGGCGGCAGCCCCUCCAGCCCUCUGCUUGGCAGGAAUUUCUAGCUGCCUCACCUGGUCUUCCUCCCGGUACACCCAGCCUUGCAAGUGCGGUCCAGGCCCUUCUCUCCAGACUCAUUCCAACUCGGAGUAUGAAAUUCUAGAGCGGAGGGGAGAAGAGUAUUUGCAGAAGUUGGGGGAAAGCUUUUAAAAGACCCCCUCACUGGGUCGAAAGAGCGUGCCAAUCUAUUUUUGUAUCAGCUGUUAGAAGUGCACUGUCCCCUAGGGAGUGUGGAUGAGCGAGUGUGAGAACGUGUGUGUCUGAGAGAGAUUGCGUCAGCCCUCGGCCCCCAGAGCCUGUCCCACUAGCCGUAGAGCAGACCUCGGCCUGGGGUCGUGAGCCAGGCUGACCUUGGGUAGUUAUUUCUAGAUAAUCUCUGGAUAAUACUCACUCUCUCAGUACCAGAUUGUCUGACAGCCUCUGCCCUUAGAAAAUGACGUCGUUUCUGUACUGCUUCUACCACCAACGGGACAGAGAAGACAAGUUCUCGGGGAUGGAUGAGUUGGUGGCAAAGCAUGGCGUGUGGCGCUCUGUGCCCUUCUGCCAUCACACCGCAUGCACAGAUUUCACCCUCGCACUUUUCCCACCGUGGAGACGGCCGGGGCUGCACUCCGUGGUGUGGGUUCCUGUGCUCUAUGUUAGAGUGCGUGAUGAGCACAUUUAUUGUGCUAUAUAUGUAUAUAUGAAAGAUGUUUUAUAAAAAUCCAGAAUAGGGGUAAGACGCGUGAUUGGCGUUUCGGGGCUUUUGACGGCUGGGACAGGCUGCGUCUUGAGCUGAGGUUGAGUCGAUUGAUGAGGCAGUGACUCUUGUCAUCGCCAUAUACCCAGGGCUGUCGGUGCAGAAUUUUAAUUGUGACUUGUACUGACUCACUGGGAUGACCUGUACUGAGGCAUGUCACCUCACAGCCACAAGAGAGAGGUGCCCACCAGGGUUUGCCUGACUGAAGAAAGCCUGUGGCCGUGUAAAAAGAGAAUUAAAAUAUUUUAUUGUUUCUCUGUACAUGUAUGUGUCUGUAUAGACAUACCCCUGCCCUGCCCCCACUUCAGAUUUCACACACAGUCCCGGAGCUGCUCACGUCACCGCGGAGAAAGGGCGGGGGGGAGACUGAGUGUGAGAGGACAGCCACACAGGAUGGAGAAACUCAGGGAGCAGUUGGGAGAGAGCAACCAGGAUACUCGCGUUCUCCGGGGCGGCAGAUUGAACUGCAUUUAGUCCCAGAUAUUUUGCUAACGAGUGUCCUUAUCUGGGUUCAGUUGUAAGACAGUGAUUCUGCUGGGGGAUGUGAUGAACAUGUCUGGCUAGAUCAGCUCGUAUUUAAGGGGCGCCUGCUGUUUAGCAGGCAAAUUGGGGAGGAAGUACCAAGUCUUCACAUGCCACCAUCGCCUGAACUACGGUUCUCUCCCGGCAGCUGGGGUCCGUCACUUGCAGCUCUCUGACGAGCCCCCCGGUUCCCAGCCCACUCAGCUCACUGAGGAGUGCCUGGCCAGGGGACAGCCUCUCUGAGAGGCAGGGCCGCUGGCACCUAGAAGUUGCCCGCAAAGCUCCCUGCCAGCGCUCUGCCUUGAGUCUCCUUCCAAGCUUGGGGGGACAACCAGUGGGCAACACAGGCCACCAGCCCAGACAUGAGGAGGGCAGCCUGCAUCCCUCCUGCGUCUUAAAAUGAGACUAACAUUCUUGAAUUUGGGGUAAUUUGUUUGGUUUUUAGCAUUUAUGAGAUGGACUUAAGAACUUGUUGGUCCAGUUAAAAAAAAAACAAUUUUAAACUUUA